AUGGCAGGAGUUCGUGGAAGCUUUCCUCCAGCAUUACUUGCCACCGGAGCCUCGCUCCAAGAUGGGAUUAAUAUUGCUUGUAUUCUGGCCCAUGCUAAUAAUUUGGAGAAACAGCAGCAGUUGCAAAGGGACGAGCGUGAUUUUGAUAGAAGGAACAGUAAGAGGGCCAUAUCUUCCAAUGCUGCUAGCGAGUUCAGGAGCUCCAGAAUUUUAGGUUUCCAGUAUAGGGAUGAUUCAGGCUGGGUGAGACCACCUUCACCCCGGUGUGCUCAUUGUGGUAAGCCACACUCUGGACAGUGUCGCUUAGGUUCGGGUGCUUGUUAUGCCUGCAGUUGGGUUGGUCAUAUGAUGCGCGAUUGUCCAUUGAAGAAUGGCAGAGAUAAGGCUCGGCCCAUAGGAUCAGCGGUUGGUUCUUCAUCGUCAGUACGCCCAGUGGGGAAAGGUUCGCAGGUGUCAGCAGGUUGUGGUAGAGGUAGGGGAGGAGCAUCCAGUUCAAGUGGUCCUCAAAACCGUAUCUAUGCACUAGUUAGACGACAGGAUUUUAAGACCUCCCCCGAUGUUGUCACAUGUAAAUUAUUAGCAUUCUCUCAUGAUGUAUAUGCGUUGAUUGAUCCGAGUUCUACAUUGCUAUAUGUUAUCCCUUAUAUUGCUGGUUGGAUUGGGCCGAAACUUGAGUUGAUUAAACCUUUCAAAGUGUUUCAUUAG